AUGGAAUACACUCAACAGCCGAAAGUCUUCCGGCCCAGCUGGUACACCAUCCCAGCGAUCUUUUCCACGAUUCAGUCGUACGCUUCGGUAGUGGAGUGGUUCUACUAUCUGACCUUUAUCUCGCACAUACUAUGCAAGUCUGACUCGGCCCAUAUAGCCAAAGCCCACCUCAUCUCCUUUCUGCGCGCUCGUCCACACAUCCAGAUGUGGCACGAAGCUUUGCUCUCCGAGAUGUACGACGAGGACGAACCAAACCUACCGUCGGUACUGGAAGGUACGAAUCUCUUGCAUCCCUUGAUACAGGAAUUUCACGAGUAUUGCACGCAGAGAUUCUCGUUGAUGACGAGAGGGGAUGUCUUCGUUGCGCGAUGCGUGGUAAUUGACUUCAUCUACAGGCGCUUGGACAAGGCGCAGAAGGCAGCUGAGCUGGCGAAAGAUGCGCAGACCAGGAAAGUGCUGGAAGAGCAGGUUGUGGCUGUGCAGCAGCGCGAGCAGGCCCGACGAGCUUUCGAGGCUUCUUGUCUCCGCUUUGGUAGUAUCGGGAAAGAUGUGCCUGCUGCCGGUCAAAUUGGUGUUCUCGAUCUUGCCGCUCUCUUAGCUGUGUUGUCGUUGCAAUCGCCCUUUGAUCUACCCGUCACGCCCGAACCUGGGUUUGCUGCAACUGUAGCGCCUGUUCAGUAG